CCCAAAAGAGAUUUGAACGCUUUUGUUUGAUACCUUGUUGGUUUUCUCGACUUCUAUUCAUCAUCAUGAAGACUCUGCUUGCUUUGUGCCUUUUAGCGAUGGUUAUUCAUUCAGCUGUUUCUAUCAAGUGCUACGUUUGUUCCGACAACGAUGGAAAUUGCAAGAAAAAUGAAAUAAGCUGUAGCUCAAGCUACGAUAGAUGUGCCAAAGUUUUCGGCAAUGGUGAUUCCAAGGCUGUGGCAAAAACAUGCUCAAGUGAAGCUGGCUGUAAUGCAGCGAAAUCGUUAUGCGAGAAUUCUGGCAAGUGUGGCGUGUCGUGCUGCGAGGGAGAUUUGUGUAACGCAACAAACAACAUGAAGCCGUUGAUGUUUGUCACCAUCCUGGCUCCAAUCCUUGCCUACUUUUUGUAAAACAAGAGAGUGACGUAACUAGAUGACUCAUUKGUAAUUAAGAAUUUUAGUUUAUUAGCUUUAGUUGAUUUUGAUUAAAAUUGUUAUCAAAUUCACUGUCAGGUCAAAAACAGUAAAGUUUUUUUAUACUGAUUAUUUGU